AUGGAGUCAAGCUCAGGCAUCGAGCGUAGUGGUGUUAUGGAGUCAAGCUCAGACACCGAGCGUAGUGGUGUUAUGGAGACAAGCUCAGGCACCGAGCGUAGUGGUGUUAUGGAGUCAAGCUCAGACACCGAUCGUAGUGGUGUUAUGGAGACAAGCUCAGGCACCGAGCGUAGUGGUGUUAUGGAGACAAGCUCAGGCACCAAGCGUAGUGGUGUUGUGGAGACAGGCUCAGUCACUGAGUGUAGUGGUGUUGUGGAGACAGGCUCAGGCCCUUUGAUUCAUUUAACCAACCGUUAA